CAAACAUUCCUCUCUGGUAUUGUCUCUCUGACUCUCACCUGCUCGUUUAUCUUCGUUUUUGCCAUGUUUCGCUCACUGCCACGAGCGAAACAUCACACAGGAGAGUGUAUUAAGCCUCCAGGAACCUCGUAACUCCUGAGAACAAAUUUCCAGCUCUUCAGCUGACACAGAUAUUGUUUCUUAUGGCAUCUUAAAACUACCAAGACCACACAGCUCAUGUUUAUAACAUAAUUAUAUAUGGAAUAUGGCUUCUGAUAAGCGUGUGUUCAGUUUAGAAAGUCCUCACGGUCCUGGUGGUGUGUUUUUCACCUGGCAGAAAGCAUCUGGAGGGUUUUUAGCUUCCACCGGGUACAACCAGGUGGUCAAUAUCUACGAUCGUCAUGGCAAUCUUCGUGAACAGAUACACUUGCCAGGUGUGUGUUCAGGUUUUGGCUGGGACAAGGAUGGAGCGCUCUUGUCAAUCAUCAAUGAUAGUUCACCUCUUGUUCAUGUCUGGGAUGAUAAUUCUGGGAGAGUACAGCACCUGGACUCAGGGCUCCGAGAUACACUAACAUUCCUAGCAUGGUCUCGCACUGCCCCUCUUCUAGCUGUGGGAACCUCUAAAGGCAACCUUAUGAUCUACAACCAUCAAACAUCAAGGCGGAUCCCAGUUGUGGGCAAACAUAGUCGGAAGAUUCAGAGUGGAUGUUGGUCAUCUGGGAAUCUCUUGGCUCUAGGUGGAGAGGACAAAAUUCUUACCAUAAGCAGCAGUGAAGGAGACACUCUGAGGACGACUCCCCUUCGAGGUGAACCUUCAGAUAUACAGUUCUCAGAAAUGAAACAAGAUGAGAGAGCUAUGGCUGAAAACACGGUAAGCCUUGUUGUUGCCAAGAAAACUCUCUUCCUCUACAACCUCAAUGACCCAGAAAAUCCCAUUGAACUGGCCUUCCAAAGCAGAUAUGGAAACAUUGUUUCUUACAAGUGGUAUGGCGAUGGGUAUAUUUUACUAGGAUUCUCGGGAGGAUAUUUUGUCGUCAUUUCCACUCACCUCAAAGAAAUUGGACAGGAAUUAUUUCAAGCUAAGAACCACAGAGAUGUAUUAAAUGAUAUAGCCAUUUCCACCACUCUGAGUAAAGCAGCGUCAUGUGGAGAUAAUGUCAUCAAGAUACAUGAACUAUCAGACCUGAAGGAGACAUUUGCUGUUAUAACUCUGGAUGAUGAGCGUGGAUUAGAAUUCCUGGAAUGGUCGGAUGAUGGACAGUUGCUUGCUGUGGCUACUCCUUCGGGAAACAUUCAUGUUUAUCUGACUAAGUUGCCAGUGCUAGGAGGAGCUCAUGGUUCUAGAGUGGCUUACCUCACAUCAUUACUAGAAGUGACAGUAACUAACAUUGUGGAAAAGGAACAUCCAUUGACUGUAAGUGUGGACGUUGAGCCAAGUUUUUUGGGUGUUGGUCCAUUUCAUCUGGUGGUGGGAAUGAACAACCGUGCUUGGAUCUACACGCUCGGAGAAGAGUCAGCAAUGCUGCUCAGGGAUCGAGAAUAUUUAGGAACCAUCACGUCAGUGCAUGUGAAUGCAGACUAUGCUUCUGUCUUGUAUGAGGGCAAGAUACAGUUUCAUUUAUUAGAGGGAGAGACUGGGGAGGAUGAAGAGCGAGAAUCUAGACUGUUCCCGAGUGCUGAUCAAGCAGACAUGCACAUCAUGGAUCAUGCACUCACUGCUGAUUUCCUCAUAUACUCCACUGAUCAUAACAAAAUCCUAAGAUUAUUAGUGUGUGAACUAUACAACAGAGGUGACUACCCAGGGUCCCUAACCCACUAUGAGCGAGGAGUGGUCAAUACUGGUGGCUCCGAGGAACAUAAUGCAGCAUGUAAAGCUGGUAUUGCUCGCACGGCAAUACGCUGUGGCGACAUCAGGCGAGGCGUCAACAUUGCAGCAGAGAUGAACAACCGUAUGCUUAAGAGGGAAUGUGCAGAGAUAUUAGAGAGUAAAAAGCAAUAUUCGGAGGCUGCCGUGCUCUACGAGAGUGGUAAUUUCAAUGAAAAAGCUGCAGCACUGUACAUUCGUCUUAAAAAUUGGAAUAAGGUGGGACAGCUCCUGGUCAAUAUUAAUUCUCCCAAGAUGCAUCUCCAGUAUGCUAAAGCUAAGGAAGCAGAGGGUCAGUACCGGGAGGCAGCAACUUACUAUGAGUCAGCAAGAGACUAUGAGUCUGUGAUACGUCUCCUUUUACAUCAUUUACACUCCCCGGAAGAAGCUGUUAGAAUUGUUAGAGAGACCAAGAGUGUUGAAGGAGCAAAAAUGGUUGCUAAAUUCUUCCAGAAGUUAAAUGACUACAACUCAGCAAUUCAGUUUUUAGUUCUCUCCAAGUGUACCGACGAAGCAUUUCAGUUGGCUCGCACUCAUGGCAAGAUGGAACUGUACGCUGACAUUCUUGGCUCAGAUGCCACACCUGAAGAUUAUAAGAGUGUUGCGCUCCACUUUGAAAAUGAGAGAAAUCACUUCCUCUCAGGGAAAUUCUAUUAUUUAGCUGGAAUUUAUCCUAAAGCAGUGAAGCAUUUGAUGAGAGCAUCACAAGGCUCUGGUGCUGAAGACUCAGAGAGUAUACAGUUGGCUAUUGAUGUUGUUGCAGCAGCAAGUGACGAGGGGUUGACGCGCCAGCUUAUUGACUUCUUGAUGGGUGAACUGGACGGUAUUCCAAAAGAUGCAAAGUAUUUGUUCCGUCUGUACAUGGCUAAGAGUCAAUAUCGUGAGGCAGCCAAAACUGCAAUUAUUAUUGCACGAGAGGAACAAAACUCAGGCAACUAUCGCCAUGCUCAUGACAUGCUGCUGGGCAUGUAUGGAGAACUGCAGCGCCAGAAGCUAAGAAUACCAGCAGACAUGAUUUCUGCACUCAUGCUUCUUCAUUCUUACACUUUAGCCAGGAUGCAUGUGAAGCGUGGUGACCACCUCAAAGCUGCCAGGAUGCUCAUCAGAGUGGCUAAUAAUAUAUCGAAGUUCCCAGCACACAUGGUUCCUAUCUUAACCUCCACUGUGAUUGAAUGUCAACGUUCAGGGCUGAAAAUUUCCUCGUUCAACUUUGCUGCUAUGCUGAUGCGCUCAGAAACACGUAACCAGAUUGAUGAAAAAUACAAGAAAAAAAUUGAAGCUAUUGUCCGCAAGCCGCAGAAGACAGAAGACGAUGAGCCUACGUCACCCUGUCCAUUUUGUUUAGCACCAGUUGAGGAGACCACUUUGGAGUGUAGCCAGUGCCAGAACUCUUUGCCAUAUUGUAUUGCUACGGGUCGGCAUAUUUUACCUGAUGAUGUUACUGUGUGUCCUUCAUGCAAGUUCCCAGCCAUCAGAAAUGAAUUAAUAAAGAUUGUGGAAGAUGGUGAGGACUGUCCUAUGUGCAGCACACACCUGGAGGUUGACAAACUGUCAGUUAUACCAAACUGGAAGUCCAUCAUCCUCAGUUCUGAUGCUCAAGAUUAAAUUCGACAUUGCUUGGGAGAAGAAUUGCAGUAUAACAUAAAGCUACCCAGCUGUUGUCUGCUCUUUAUGGUUUCUGGGUCAUUGUUCCUGUAAGCUGGUCCCAGACCUGGUUAUUCUGAUCAACCAGGCCACCAACACAUUGUGUAUGGAGUACUGAAGGUUGUAUCAUCACCCCUGUUUACAACACAUUGUGUAUGGAGUUCUAGGGCUUGUAUUAUCAUCCCUUUAUACAACACAUUGUGUAUGGAGUUCUGGGGCUUGUAUCAUCAUUCCAGUAUACAACUUUUUUCCAAAAGUAUAACCGGGAGCAGUUGUAUAUUCUAUAGGGAAAAAAUACAAUUAUUUUAAGUAUAAAUAUUUUUUAAACUCAGUGGUCAUCUUCCACCCAGGCAGCAGGGUGACCCAUAGAAGAAAGCAUAUUCACCUUCAUUCAUUCAUUGUUUUUUCAGAUAUGUGCUACAUCAUAAUCAGAUUACCCCUCACUGCAGCAUCCUCACCCCUCUUUCAGAGUGCAUCACUGCUCUUCUCACCUCCAGGACUCUAAGUCUGGCUAAUUAGUUUCCUUAAAUCCCCUCAUACAAGUUACACUGCUCACACUCCAACAGUAUGUUCAUUACAAAACACAUGUUUCCAUUCACUCCCCUCUAAUACACUCAUAGAAGCCUACCGGAUGCUCAGGCCACUAAACUGCAAGCCUCUUGUACCUCCUCCCUCUAACCAUUCCUGGGAUGACUCCUCUUUUUCUCUCAGCUUCCACUCUAAGAGUUAUACAUCCCCUUCAUCAACCUAUCACUGUCCACCCUCUCUGCAUGUCCAUACCACCUCCACAACCUAUCCUCUGUCUUCUCAAUUAUAUCCUGGUAUAGUCCUAGUUUUUACCACCAUAGAUGAGCUUUUUUUUCCGCAGACACCUCAAUAAACCAGGCGUCUUUUUCCCCUCAUCUGUUUUAUGGUUCAGCUAGUCUUUCAUACAUCUGUCUACUGACAUGUCCACUUCCUAAUAUAAUAUUGAAAUACAUCCACUUAUUCUGCACUUCCUUACUUCCCUUCCUCCCUCCAUCUCUUCCCUUCCUUCCUUCCCUAUAAUAUUCAGUUUAUCAUUACCUACAGUUUUUGUUACUAUCAUCACCUUGUUCUUCACUAUGUUACAUUUAUUUAUUUAUUUUUCUUAAAGUGUAUAUUACAUAGUAGCUGUUUUGUGAGCUGAGGAAAACUAGUGAAAUAUUAAGAUUAAUUUAUUCUUGAGUCAAUGUUUAUACUGAACAAUGUUUACACUGAACAGUUAUUUAGUGUUGUAACUGAGUGAUAGUGUUGCUGCUUGCAUUGCAGUGUUGUCAUCAAGUGUUACUGUAGAAGGACACAUGUGCAGCUACUGUCGUGUUUUAUUGUUGCAGUGUUUUGCAGGAGCUUUGUUCCUGCAGAGUGAAACAUUGCUACAAUAAAAUAUGACAUUAGUUACACAUGUGACCUUUUACCUAACACUGUGGGUAAUAAUACCUUUAUUACUAAGUGUAUUGCUGUAAUAUGUUGCACAUUGAUCCCUACUGGUUUAGCACUUACUAUGAGCAUACUGUCAGUAUUUGUUUAGGCUUAGGGUACUAAUAAAUGCACUUAGAGUAAGUGGUAGUGUCACUUACAUUAAAGUUGUAUCAUGCAGUAUUGUAUCAACAUUCACUUAACUGUAAUAGUUUUAUCUACUAAGAUCAACAUAACUUGUGUCAAAUAUCUAUUUUGUCACUAAUACGUAUUCAUAUUUUACUGAUGCAACCUUGUAUGUAACUUACAUUAAAUGUUUGGGUUUUUGGUGCUGAAUGACCCAAAGAGGUUCAGCACUUUCUUAAACAUGAUGAUAAUAAUAAGCCACAUAAUAAGAAGGGUUUAAACCCUGGCAGGUGAGUGUUGUUAUCAUUUUCAUGAAUAAUAAUAAUAAUAAUAAUAAUAAUAAUAAUGAGUGUUGUCAAGUCAGCAUUCAGUCAUUACUGACUAUAUUUACCUAACUAAACCAUGGAAUAGGUGGGGGUUAAACCCAUGGCAAGUGACUGCUAAAAGUCCAGGCACUGAACUGGUCUUGUAGCAUUCACUUGCCUUUGUUUACACUCAUGUUGUUACUGUAUCGUAGUUAUAUUUACAUUCUUGCUAUAAAUAUUUCUCUCUUACACACGAGCUUAACAUUCUUAACAACGAUAUUAUAUUUUCCAUAAUGUAUUUUAAUACAUGUUGUUGCAACACAUGUAUUAAAAAGUGUCUUAGUUUGCUAGUUGUGUGACACAGUUCUUUAGUUGUGUGACACAGUUCUUUAGUUGUGUGACACAGUUCUUUAGUUAUGUGACACAGUUCUUUAGUUGUGUGACACAGUUCUUUAGUUGUGUGACACAGUUCUUUAGUUAUGUGACACAGUUCUUUAGUUGUGUGACACAGUUCUUUAGUUGUGUGACACAGUUCUUUAGUUAUGUGACACAGUUCUUUAGUUGUGUGACACAGUUCUUUAGUUGUGUGACACAGUUUUUUAGUUGUGUGACACAGUUCUCUAGUUGUGUAACACAGUUCUCUAGUUAUGUGGCACAGUUCAUUAGUUGUGUGAGACACAGUUCUCUAGUUGUGUGAUGCACAGUUCUCUAGUCAUGUGUAGCAUAAGUUUUCUAGUCAUAUGUGCACAAGUUUUCUAGUGUGUGAUAGUUUUCUAGUGUGACACAGUUUUCUAGCUGUGUGACACAGUUUUCUAGUCAUAUGCACACAAGUUUUCUAGUGUGUGACACAAAGAACUGGAGACGACCGUUCAUGAUUUUCAAAACAUUUUCUUCAUUACUUGCUAAACAGCGACUAAUAUGUUAUGACAACUUAAAGUUUUGUCUUUAGCAUAGAGGCAUAGUCUUGACGCUUGUUUGUUUCCCCUGACAUAACACCUGCCUCACUCAGCAAGAAGUUGAUUUAUUAAUAAAAAGAGAGAGAAUGUUUGACUACUGUUUUUAAGGGCAGUUGAGAUUAAUUGGUUGAUUAAUAUGAACAUGUAUGUACUGUAAAUAUUGUAUCAUAUCAAUUAAUUUGUUGAUUACAUAUUUUGACGACUGUCUUAUGCUGUAAGUUACAGCAUUCUAAGUGUAUUCAAAUGGUUUUCAGAUUGAAUAUGGUAAACUGAAAAAAUUUCGAAAGAGAAAUGCAUUGACCACAUGCAGUGUCUCAGGUCACUGAUAAUUAAAUUCUGUUACAUCAUUUAUUUCCAGUGUUGAAUCAUACAGGGAAAAAUACACAGAUAACCCACACAUAUGAAAAUAAAUAUUAUGACGAUGUUUUGGUCCGACUUAGACUUUUAGAUAGUCCAAGUGGGACUAGUAAUGCUACUAUCGAAUAUGGUUCCCUAGGUGGUCGAUCUAUUUCUAUAUUAAUAAAUAGAUAAUGACUUAAAAACAAUUUCUGGGCUAUCAGAUUUGCUACGUUGUAAUCUUUUUGCCUACCACACAGUACUGGACUCUGUAUUGUACUGUAUUAUAUUGUACUAAAUUGUACUGUAUUAUACAGUGGACCCCCGGUUAACGAUAUUUUUUCACUCCAGAAGUAUGUUCAGGUGCCAGUACUGACCGAAUUUGUUCCCAUAAGGAAUAUUGUGAAGUACAUUAGUCCAUUUCAGACCCGCAAACAUACACGUACAAACGCACUUACAUAAAUACACUUACAUAAUUGGUCACAUUCAGAGGUAAUCAUUAUGCGGGGGUCCACUGUAUUAUAUUGUACUAAAUUGUACUGUAUUAAAUUGUACUGUAUUGUACUGAAAAUAUAUAAGAGUCAACAAGGGCUUAAGUAACAAGACAUAGCAGGCAUUUAGGAACGGCAGCUACCAUCCGACUUACGACCGAGCUUGGUUCCUACUAACCAGUCGUAAGUCAAAAUGAACAUAAGUCGAACCUUACUACUGAAUAUCAGCAUCACAUUAUGUAAUGAAUUUAUUUUAUUGAUUUAUUCUGGUAUGUUAUUUUUUACUUUACUUUUUAUGCUGUUAGUACUGUAUUUUAUACUGUAAGGUUUAGGAGAAACACUGUGUACAGCACAAACAGUUGUUUAUUUCCCAGAACAUUUGCAUACAAAACACGGUCGUAAGUCGAGUGGUAAUAUGUCAAGCAGGUCGUAAGUCGGAUGGUAGGUGUACUUUUUACAUAUGCUCCUCAGUGUUAUGAACAUACAACACACUGAAGUUGUAUUCCAAUCUCAUAAUCUCUUGUGAUCAAACCUAUUUCCCAACACCCGUCCUACUGUUGCCUUCAUACAACGUGUUCUAUUUAUUGUGUAUGCACACGUGAUAAAAUACAUACACAACUAUUUUGUGUACUGAUUUCCUGCAUUUCCUAGAUAGCAAUUAAAAAUU